AAAAAUAUUUACACAAUGUCGAGCCAAAUGGUUACACGGCUUUCUGGGGCCCGAGAUCAGUAUAAAAGCCCCACGCGGGGCCAGAAUCAAGCACAGCACCUCACCAUGCGCUUCUCAUUCGUUCUCCUCCUCGCGGUCCUCGGCUGCUUCCUGCUGGCCCGGGAGGGUGGUGCCACAGGCUCCUCCACCACCGUGGCCUCCCCCAGCAGCAGCACCACCACCAGCUCCUCGGCCGCCAGCACCACCGCCGCGACGUCCACUGCCACCACAACAGUCGCUCCCUCCGCCGCCACCACCACCGUUGCCUCCUCGACCUCGGACACGACGACAGCCUCCUCCACCUCGGGAUCGUCGGGCUCGGCAGCGGCCAGGCGCCGCAGACGCCUGCGUCGUCGUCGUCUGGCCCGUCAGCGCCAGCGCCGCGAGCGCCAGAGGCAGCGCCAGACCCAGAGGCUCCGCAACCGCAUCCAGAACCAGCGCCGCGUGAUCAACCAGCUCGAAGGAUAAGCGGCAGCUCGGAGACGCAUCCGAGAGAUCGCCCACUCUUGAAACACUUACCUUUAAGCACCGCUGAAAUAUGAAAAAAUUGAAUAUACGAGUAUUUUGAAAAUGUA